UUCUGGGCUUUACUCCCCUAUCAUCAGUCAACAUACAGCCAACUCCUCCUAUUCUGUUGUUACGCAUAUUCAUACUACCUCUUUGGCAAAAGACAAAACACCAACUCAACUGCUGUUAAGGGAAACUGCUUCUUUUAGGUGACCCCGUAGGAUUUUACACAGUAGGACUGUGUAUUUUUUUGCGCUUUCCUUGAUUUUUCUCUGCCAAGAAAAAGUAGUUUGAAUGAUAUAAACCAACUGCUUUAUUCAUCACCCUGGACUGUUGAACCUGGAGGAGGAGGAGGAGAAGAAGAAUUUCUGACAACCUCACAGUCUGUUUUUUCGCUCUUGUUUUUUUUUUGUUGGUUUAAAUAUCGAUAAGCGAUAGGCAAUUUGACGUUUUGAGGCUUCCCAGCUGUCCGUCUGCCCGUCUUUUGGCCUUUUCCAUUUUUACAGUUAUUCGGUUGAUUUUAUUUUUGUUUGUUUGUUUUUAUAUAGAAAAUGGAGAGUUUGUCAAUGCCUUUCAGACUUCCGAAAUCCUGAACUCUUACUCCCGGCGAGGAGGAGGCUCCGCUGCUCAGACCAAUGCAACGGGGGCUUCCAUGUAGUUAUGUUCAUUCCACAUAAAUGGAAAAUACAGCAUACAACGUACACUAGGCAAUAGAGUUGAAAAACAAUAAUAAUAAUUCAUGCGCAAAAAAAUGAUGCCAUCAAGAUAGCGGAAUCUGUGCGGCCAUUAAUGAAUUAAUCAUAGCUUAUUAAUAAUGAGAACUGCGGAGAUUCAGAUGACGGUUUCCAUUGGCAGAUGAGACGUAUUGUGGAGAACACGUGUCCAAUUUUUCCCUCAUAUUUUUUUGUUCCCUGAUCUGGAGUUCUCACUUCUUAUCGCAAGAAAGGAAAGCCCCCCCAAAGAUUCUGAAUUUCCAGUGCCCGUUAUUGCGCAGGGGUUUUUUUUUUUGCCACUGAUGGACAUCUUGGCUUGCAGAUCGGAAGAGAACAGUUAUAAUAUUCUCCCAUCUGCUGCGACGAUGCUUUUCCAUGGCCUCCCUGGAGGCGACGUGCACGGUGUGGUGGAGGAAAUGGACCGGAGAGGAAAGGGCGAGUCAGCGGCCAUCAGUUCAGCCAUCGAUAUGGGAGAGUCGGAGACGAGCCUGCCGUGCGGCGGGGAGCGCUCGGCCCUGUGCGCCGGCUGCGGCCGCAGGAUCGCGGACCGUUAUUACCUGCUCGCCGUGGACAAACAGUGGCACAUGCGCUGCCUCAAGUGCUGCGAGUGCAAACUCAACCUGGAGUCCGAGCUCACCUGCUUCAGCAAGGACGGGAGCAUCUACUGCAAAGAGGACUAUUACAGAAGAUUUUCGGUGCAGAGAUGCGCUCGGUGCCACCUGGGGAUCUCCGCGUCGGAGAUGGUGAUGCGCGCCCGGGACAUGGUGUACCACCUGAGCUGCUUCACCUGCACCACCUGCAGCAAGAUGCUCACCACCGGGGACCACUUCGGCAUGAAGGACAGCCUGGUGUACUGCCGCCUGCACUUUGAGACUCUCAUCCAGGGAGAAUACCAGACACACUUUAACCACGCAGACGUGGUGUCGUCGCACAAGGGCCUGGGCCCGAACAACGCGCUCGGACUAUCCUACUUUAACGGCGUGGGGACGGUACAGAAAGGCCGACCGAGGAAGAGGAAGAGCCCGGGUCCUGGGGCCGAGCUGGCCGCUUACAACGCAGCACUGAGCUGUAAUGAGAAUGAUGGGGAAUCGAUGGAGCGGGACUCCCAGUACAGUUCCAGUCAGAAGACCAAGCGCAUGCGGACGUCGUUUAAACACCACCAGCUCCGGACCAUGAAGUCCUACUUCGCCAUCAACCACAACCCCGACGCCAAGGACCUCAAGCAGCUCGCACAGAAGACCGGCCUCACCAAGCGGGUCCUGCAGGUUUGGUUCCAAAACGCUCGGGCCAAGUUUCGAAGGAACCUGCUCCGGCAGGAGAGCAGUGGGGUGGACAAGACGUCUGACGGCUCCACACUCCAAGGCGGGACGCCCUCAGGCCCGGCCUCGGAGAUCUCCAACGCCUCCAUGAGCCCGUCCAGCACCCCCACCACCCUAACGGACCUGACUAACCCCACCAUGCCCACCGUCACCUCCGUACUCACCUCAGUGCCGGGCAGCAUGGACGUCCACGAGUGCCGGAGCCCUUCACAGACCACACUGACCAGCCUCUUCUGAUGGCCUGAACCUGAACCCCCCCCUGGAACACACUCCCACCCCAAUCCCCCGCUCCUUUUGGAUUUAAAAACUGAGCACUGUUCACACUUUUGAACAUUAAACAGAUUUGAAAUGAGAGGGGAAUACAUGCUCUGAGUCUGUUAGAGACUGUUUGCAUAGUGAGGAGCGCUGGGCAUUUCAGACUGAACAUUGUUGUAAUUUUGAUGUUGUCUUGUUGAGAACUGAGAAGACUUGAUUUGCAUUUUUCACUGUUUACUGACAGAAUCUACAGAGAGAAAAAAAAAUUGGAAAGGAUUUUUUUUCCAGCACAGUAUUUAUGUUGUUGUACAAGAGUCACUGGUAGAGGAUUGUCUUUUUUUUCUUUCUUUUUUUUUCAUUUUUGGAAAUCUGAGAUUAAAAACCAGGUUACAGUACCUCUGCCUGCCACAUGCCUUUCACUUCAUUUAUCUUGACUGCUGUUCUCAAAGGUGGAUUACACAUGAAUGAUUUAAUUCAGUGAAGGGUAAAUAAG